AUGUGUAGUGUUCAAGAAACUUCGUUAGAGCUCAAUGUUAAAACCAAGCCAGCUACAAAGGAUUGUAUUAAAUGUAAAACAGCAAAAGCAACAGUGCUAAUUCGGCAUUCUACAUAUUGCAAUAAAUGUUUCCAGCAUGUAUUUGUUGGUAAAUUCCGAAAGAAUGUGGAAAAAUCUCGUAUCCUUUCUAAUUCUGCCAAACUUAAUGGUUAUGGAGAGAAAGUAAUGAUUGGAUUUUCAGGCGGGCCGUCUUCAAGGACGAUGUUACAAUUAAUAAACGAAUAUAAUGAAGCUCGCCCACAUGAAAUUUCAAAAAAAUGUGCAUAUACUGAAAUUAUUGUUUGUCAUAUUGAUGAAAGUGUAUUGUUUAAUAACGGCAGCACACUUAGUACAAAUAGUAAAUGUUCUCAGGAAAGCACAAUAUUACAAGUAGAAAAGAUUGUACAAAAAUAUAAUUAUCCAUUUAUUGGAUUAUACUUACAAGACAUAUUUAAUCCUGAAGUUACUAAAAGUGGAUGUUAUAGCAAGGUUCUUGAGUUAGCGGUUGAUGACGCUAAAAUGUUGCAAUUAGAAGAAGAUCCUGCUAUUUCCUCCACUGAGAAAUUAUUAAACUUAUUAAAUAAUAUUUCAAAAUUAACUGCCAAAGAAGAUUUUGUAUGGUAUUUGAAAUUAUGCUAUUUAAUUUUUACUGCAAGAAAAAAUGGAUGUAAACGGUUGCUUUUGGGAGAUUGUUCAUCGAGAUUAUCGAUAAAAAUAAUUUCACAAACGAGCAAAGGACGUGGUUUUAGUUUACCUUUAGAAACUUCUGGUGAAAUUGAUUGGUUUGAAGAUGUAAUAAUUACAAGACCAAUGAAAGAUAUGUUAUCAAAGGAAAUUGGAAUAUAUAAUCAAUUAACUGGAUUAGAUAGUAUAUAUGUUCCUAGUAUUACAAGUAUGAUGCAUCCUAAAGCCAGUAUUGAGAGAUUAACCGAAGAUUUUAUUUUGAGAUUAGACAAAGAAUUUCCAUCGACAGUUAGUACGAUAGCAAGAACUGGAGCAAAACUUACACCAUCAGAUUCUAUUGUGAAAGAAAAUCGUUGUAUAGUUUGUUUAAUGCCAUAUCAGGAAAAUAAUAAAAUAUGGCAAAAGAGGAUUACAGUUAUGAUGGUUCCUUCAUUGCAAAAAUCCGAGGAAUGCAAUCGACAACAAUCAUCGUCAAAUAAAGCUACAAGUUAUUAUGAUAAUUGUAAGUCCAGUAAUGAUGAAUCUACGACAAAUGUCGAAUUCAUGGAUUUAUUAUGUUAUGCGUGUCGUGUUAAUCUUAAUGUGAUCAAUCAGCGGAUCAUAUUACCUCCUUAUGUUGCUGAAGGAGUUGAAGAUAAAAAGAGCAAUAAUAGAAAGCAAAUGAAAAAGCAAAUUGAGAAUUAUUUAUUAUGUGAUGAUGAUGAUUUAUAA